AUUGUGCCCUGGUCAAAGUCACUUGCUACACCCACACUGGUAGAGGAAUUACUAAGGAAAUGUCUGGUUGUCCGCAUCGUGACAAGCAGGUGGGCCAAGUCUAAGUGGGUACAGCAAGACAUUAUGAUGAGAAAUAAAAAGUAGGAAAAAGAAGAGGAAGAGAGAAAAGGUAAAACAGAUAUGGAUGAUGUUAGGCAAACUCUCUAUCAAAACCACCCUCUUCACCAUCCCCCCUUAAUUUCUCCAGAAGAUCUCUUCUCUUACACCCUUCCCUCACACUCUGAUACCCUCUUCACUCGCCUAAAUAGCCUCAAGGAGGAAGAUCUACUUCUGGACUGCAUUUUCCCCCUCCAAGGCAAAUCUUUCCAAGCUCACAGACUUGUUCUGGCAGCUGCCAGUCAAACCCCUGAUGUAUUUUUUGGCUCUAAACUCAAAUGUGGGCUUGGAGUGGAGAAUAUAGCACAUUGUUUGACCCCAGUUGGGUUAAGUGCUGUUCUGGACUUUGCGUACUGUGGAAAUGUAGCCGUAGACUUGAGUAAGAAAGGGGUAAUGGAGGAGGUGCUGCAUGCUUGCAGGUUCCUAGAGAUGGAGAGGUUGAGUCAAAGGUGCACGUCAAAAGUCAAAACCUCUGCGGCCACAGAGAGAGAGAAGAGCUUGGCUAACAUUAAGAUCAUGUGGGAGAGAGGUCUUGGUUGUGACUUCACAAUACAAGCGGAGAGUGGAGAGAGCUACUCAGCACACCGUGUGGUGUUAGCAGCAGGUGGGGACUAUUUCCGGGCACUCCUCUGUGGAGGGUUACGGGAAACCAGUGAGGACAUUGUGUGCCUGCGAGGCGUGGCAUCCUGGGUCAUUGAAUCCAUGCUAGGCUUCAUCUACACGGGUCAGCUCAGAAUGGGCUGGAGCCAGAUUUGGGAGCUGACAGAUGCACUGUGUCAGUUCCAGCUGCAGGAGGCGCUCUCACUGUGCAUCGACUUCCUACGGGACAGAAUGGAUGAAAGCACCUGUCUGGAUGUGCUGGUCCUAGCUGAGACCUAUGCGCUGGUCCAGCUGGGGCAGGCUGCAGAGGAGUACAUCCUAGCCCACUUCCAGUGCAUCUCUGCUGGGGAGAAGUUCAAGGAUGUCCCCUGUUCCUUCCUGGAGAAGAUGCUUGAGAAGGACUCAUUGUAUGUAGAGAGUGAGAUAGUGGUGUUCAGGGCAGUAGUUGACUGGGUGGAGGAUAGCCCUAAAGAGAGACUACCAGUUCUGCCAGACCUGCUCCACCGUGUUCGUCUCCCCCUCCUCAGCUACUCUGAGCUCCAGGAGGCCCUAAGCUGCGGGCUCCUCUACAGGAGCCCAGGGGCCAGAGUAUCACUGGAAGCUCUCCAAAGCCUCCUGGAGGAGGAUUACACAGGGCCUGAGUGCCGACCUCGCAACCCAAACCAGGUUCUGGUUCUGGUCGGUGGGGACACUGUUGAUGAUGAAUGUAUGAAGAUGGUUCCCAGCCAGACCUUGUGGUUCGCUCAGCAGUUCCACCGUGGACAUGGUCUGAUCAGAAGCAUAGAGUGGAGGCCAUUCACCAAGCUUCCUGAACCGCCCCGGUUCAGACACUGUGUCUGUCUCCUCAACAACAACCUUUAUGUCCUGGGAGGACGCAAGUACUACGGAGCACUGGAUAUCCUUAAGUCUGCCUUGAGGUUUGACCUGUCUCAGUGUAAAUGGGAACGACUACCUGACAUGCUGUGUCAAAGGGACUACUUUUCUGCUGUGUGUCUGGAAGGUAAGAUCUUUGCUCUGGGUGGUAACUGUGACGACAGCCAAUACCUGGAUGCUGUGGAGUACUACACUCCUGAGGAGAACACCUGGAGGGGUAGUGAACCAUGCUGUAACCCCCCCGAUGGAAUCCAGACACCGGUGGUGGCGGAGAAGGGCCAGAAGACCAGACCGAGGAGGCACUGGCGGGCGCACUCUCUGGACACAGCAGUGUGCAGCCACGCAGCAGCUGUUCUGGAUGGACAGAUUUACAUCUCUGGAGGCUGUGACCGCCAUCAGCACUGCCUUUCCUCUAUGUGCCACUACCAUCCUUCCCGUGGCUGUUCACCCAGAGCCCCCAUGACUGUGGGAACGGGUCGUGCGGGCCAUAUCAUGUUAGCCUUGGGCAGGGGUUUAGUGGUAGCUGGAGGGCUGCAGCCGCUCUGGAUGGGCUUCGGAGACCAACUCUUCUGUGAGCUGUACAACACCACGCAUGACUCCUGGUCAUCCAUCCCCGCCCUGCCUCGCCCUCAUCUGUCACCAGGGGCAACUGUGCUUGGUGGACGGUUAUACGUGGUGGGAGGGUCUUCAGCAAACACAGAUACAUCAAGGGAUAACAAGGGGGUGCAUCGCUAUGAUCCCAUGGAGGGGUGCUGGGAAAACUUGGGGUCUAUGCCACACCCAUAUACAAAUCUGGCAGUUUGUUCCAUGCCAUUUCCUGAGUCUUUCAUUUAAGCACUGGUUGAUUUUGUUUCUGGCUCAGGUAAACCCAAGGAGCUUUAAUAGAUGUAAUUAUGUUGAAGCAACUCUAAUAUAUAGCUAGAUGUAUAGUAGGUGCUACAGGACAACCAGGCCCUAUUAUAUUUACAUCAGAGACACAUGAUGUCAUCAGAAAUCAUGCAAUACAAACUUUGAGUUUGAAAGAUGUGGGCAGGAAGGCUGGGAGGGUCGGAUGCAGAUGGUUGCAUUAUGGGAAAUGUAGGAUCCAGUGUUUUUGGAGUUUUACCCAUACUAAAAGUCAGGGUAAUUUUGACCAUGAUUUCCAUGUGUCUCUUGUGGGUCCCCCUACAUUAAAAUAAUGCUGGACUGCCCCUUUAAACAAUAAGGGUUAGGCUACUUUUGUGUGUGUGAGUUUGUAUAUUUUUAAAUUGUGUUUAUUUUGUAUUCUGAAUAAUUCAUUCUUGCUGUACUGGUCAAAUGUAAAAUUAGGUCAAAGCUAUCUAAAUGUGAACACCAGCAGAGCCCCAAUUAAGUACAAAGGGAGAUGUUGAAUGAGACCUUGACCUGGUUAAACAAUAUAUCGUGGCCAUGUACGCCCCAGAGCAGCAAUCAACGUCAAAUUACAUUUAUGUAAAUUCCAAGUAUGUGAAAUAAUGUUUACCAGUUGACUCUCCAAUACUUCAGUCAACCACAGCAAUCCAAAAUGAUGCUCAACCAGUUCACACAAACCACAACAAUGGGUUAGGCUUCUGAUUUUCACAACAGUUUUGUCCUAUUUAUCUGUUCAUAAACAGCUUCCUGUCGUCAGUCGACUAAAGUUAGAAUGGUGUGUGUGUGUGUGUGUGUGUUUGUGUGUGUGUGUGUGUGUGUGUGUGUGUGUGUGUGUGUGUGUGUGU